ACACUCUAAAGAGGGGUGCUUAUCUUGAUGGAGCUUGAAAGUUCUCUGGGGCCCAGGGGACAGCAGAAGCCCUGACUCUGUUUGCCUGGGGAAGUAAGAACAGCGGCACUCUCAGAUUUUUGGCUUCAUAGAACUGUGUCCUCCAGAUUAUUGGGAAGGCACGGAUACGUGGCUGAGGUUGAUGGUCCUGUAAAGGGCCCUUUCUGAGAAGAGUCUCUAAGAGAGCAUCGUACCAGAAGGAAUGAGCAAGUUGUGAAUUCUCUGGACUAUUGCUACAUUUUAACUUCUGGGCAGAUGUCUGACAAGAGCUAGGUCCACUGGCCCAUACACAUCCUGCUGAAGAACCAACAGAAGGUUCCACCUGAAGCUUUUUUGAGACAGCAUAAAAGCUAAUAAUACCAUGGCGACUGACUUGUUGAACAUCAUCUAUAUCACCAUGGAGGUUGCCAUUGGGCUCUGUGCUGUAGUGGGCAACAUGCUGGUCAUCUGGGUGGUCAAGCUGAACCCCACUCUGAGGACCACCACGUUCUAUUUCAUUGUCUCCCUAGCACUAGCUGACAUUGCUGUUGGGGUUCUGGUCAUACCUUUGGCUAUUGUUAUCAGCCUGGAAGUCAAGAUGCACUUCUAUGCCUGCCUUUUCAUGUCCUGUGUGCUUCUGAUCUUCACCCAUGCCUCCAUCAUGUCCUUGCUGGCCAUUGCCGUAGACCGAUACCUGCGGGUCAAGCUGACAGUCAGAUAUAGAACGGUUACCACUCAGAGAAGAAUAUGGCUAUUCCUGGGCCUUUGCUGGCUAGUUUCCUUACUUGUGGGACUGACCCCCAUGUUUGGCUGGAAUAGAAAAGUGACCUCAGAACUCUCUCAAAAUACCACCAUUCUUUCCUGCCGCUUCCGUUCCGUGGUCAGUUUGGAUUACAUGGUCUUCUUCAGCUUUGUUACCUGGAUCCUCAUCCCCCUGGUUGUGAUGUGUGUCAUCUAUCUGAACAUCUUCCACAUCAUCCGAAACAAACUCAGUCAAAACCUGUCUGGCUUCAGAGAGACACGUGCAUUUUACGGACGAGAGUUCAAGACAGCUAAGUCCCUGUUUCUGGUUCUCUUCUUGUUUGUGUUGUGCUGGCUGCCUUUGUCCAUCAACAACUUUAUUUCCUACUUUGAUGUAGACAUACCAGAAGUUGCAAUGUGCCUGGGCAUCCUGUUGUCUCAUGCAAACUCCAUGAUGAACCCUAUCGUCUAUGCCUGCAAAAUAAAAAAGUUCAAAGAAACCUACAUUCUGAUCCUGAGAGCUUGCAGGCUCUGUCAGAACUCAGAUUCUUUGAACUCAAAUAUCGAACAGACUACUGAGUAGUUAUGAUGACAGAUAAAGAGCCAGAUCAUCUGCCUUCACAUUCAGCACCAGUUAAACACUAUAAAGACUUAUCAGACAUUCUUGCUUCCUUCCACUGCAGUGGCAUCAUUGGGCUAGUUGCCACAGAGCUCCACUCCUCCCUCCACUCCUCCCUCCACUCCUCCUUUCUCCUUCUGCCUCAAUUACUUUCUUGAGCUUCUCUAAUUCAAUUCUGUGGAAGCCUGACAUGAAGGCAACACAUUCCUGAUUAUCACGGACUCUGCUCUUCCUUCCCAGACUCAAGAAGCAAUGGAAUAUUGAGGGAGUCUCGUCUUAUCAAAGGAAGACUCUAGUGGGGCUGGAUGUACAGAACCUGCUUUAAAAGAUCCCUAGGGCAUUGGAACAGAAGGAGUGAAUUGAAUUUAGAGCGGACUAAAUCCACCUGUGUGGGUGCAUAUGAGCAAAUAAAAGAUGAUGUCC